UAAACCAUCAAAGGUUUCUUCUCAUCUUCACUCUAUUUGUGUCACCACGAGCUUUAGAAGUACUAUCAUUUUUGGUACUUUUUGUCUGUUAAACACAGAGAAAAAGUCAUGGAGUUUGUUUCCAUGUUUUGCUUAUUUGCUUUCAUUUCUUGCUCCCUUCUUCUUCUCCAUUCUAUCUUCAACUUCUUUGCUUUUGGUAUCAAGUUGCCUCUUCCUCCUGGCACUUUGGGUUGGCCUUAUAUUGGAGAAACUUUCCAACUUUACUCUCAAAACCCAAGUGUUUUCUUUGCCUCCAAAGUCAAGAAGUAUGGUUCAAUAUUCAAGACUCACAUAUUGGGAUGCCCAUGUGUGAUGAUAUCAAGCCCAGAGGCAGCAAAGCUAGUUUUGGUCACAAAAGCUCAUCUCUUUAAGCCUACAUUUCCAGCUAGCAAAGAGAGGAUGUUGGGAAAACAAGCCAUUUUCUUCCAUCAAGGAGAUUAUCAUGCCAAGCUGAGGAAGCUAGUUCUUCGUGCUUUCAUGCCCGAAUCCAUCAAAAACAUCGUCUCAGACAUUGAAUCCAUCGCAAAAAGCUCACUUGAAUCCUUGGAAGGAAGAUUGAUCAACACUUACCAAGAAAUGAAGACAUACACAUUCAACGUUGCAUUGCUUUCCAUAUUUGGAAAGGAUGAAAUGCUCUAUAGAGAGGAUCUCAAGAGGUGUUAUUACAUUCUUGAAACGGGAUACAAUUCGAUGCCAAUCAAUCUCCCAGGAACACUAUUCCAUAAAUCAAUGAAAGCAAGAAAGGAGCUAGCAAAGAUCUUGGCCAAAAUCAUCUCAGUUAGGAGGGAAACAAAGCAGAAUCAUACUGAUUUGCUGGGAUCUUUCAUGGGAGAUCAAGAAGAUCUUACUGAUGAACAAAUUGCAGAUAAUAUCAUUGGAGUCAUAUUUGCUGCUAGAGACACUACUGCUAGUGUUCUUACAUGGAUCCUUAAAUACCUUGGAGAAAAUCCAACUGUCCUACAAGUUGUCACUGAAGAGCAAGAGGGAAUAAUGAGGGAAAAAGAGGAGAAUGGUAAAGGACAAGUGUUAACAUGGGCAGACACCAAGAAAAUGCCUAUGACUACAAGGGUGAUCCAAGAGACACUUAGAGCUGCUUCUAUCUUAUCUUUUACUUUCAGAGAAGCUGUUGAAGAUGUUGAGUUUGAAGGAUAUCUAAUACCAAAAGGAUGGAAAGUAUUACCACUGUUUAGAAACAUUCACCAUAGCCCAGACAAUUUUCCAGAACCAGAGAAGUUUGAUCCAUCAAGAUUUGAGGUUUCUCCAAAACCCAAUACUUUCAUGCCAUUUGGCAAUGGGGUCCACUCAUGUCCAGGCAAUGAAUUAGCCAAGCUGGAGAUUUUGAUACUUGUACAUCAUCUGACCACAAAGUACAGGUGGUCUAUGAUGGGCCCACAGAAUGGAAUACAGUAUGGACCUUUUGCUCUUCCCCAGAAUGGCCUGCCCAUUAUGCUCUCGCACAAGACAUCAUCAUAAUAAGGCCCAAAAAUAAAAAAAACAUUGAAUUGAGAGCUUCCCAACAAGAAGAUAUUUUCAUUUCCAAAACAAAAGAUUUUCCCUCAAACUAAAGAAAGAAGAGAAGCUAAAAAUGACAGGAAUUCAAACACAGGGGAAGCAAAUUGUAUAUAUAUUGAGAAAGAGAGUUUCUUUUCCUAAUUCAAGAAAAAAAUCAUAUAUAUUCAUUAACCUAACACACAAAGAGAAACUCAGGAGUUAAUAUGUGAUGUAACAUAGGGUAAUUCCUUUUUGUAUUUUUUUACUUCUUUCUUACUACUUUGUAAUUUUUCCUUUUAAUUCUUUUUUAAAUUUAUUUAUGGCAUGUAAAAAGUCCGUAAGGCAAGUAAUGAAAGUCUGAUCUCGGCAGCACAUAGUUGUCAAUAUCAUU